ACCUGGAAGGCAUGCCGAAGGUGGAACCAGUUUGUUUGCUUUGGGGAGGGUAUGCUUUCGCUGCGUGAGGCAAGGGGUAGGCAGUCCUACAGGAGUACGGAACAGCAUGGACUGCUAACACUGUCACAACUUUCUCACAUCGGUGAUAAAACUCCUCGGUGGCGGAGUAACAAGAAACUGCAUGGUCAAAACAACCCAAUGGAGACUAAGAUUUAGACAGAAGAGCUUUUCAUAAAGGAUCAUGCCUGGUGUCCGCAGCGGGAGGAGGCUCUCUGAUGGGCUGAUGCUGGAGCAAUCAGAGAAAGGACAACUGGUUGUUUCCAGUGUUGUCGAUGGCUCCUUGGCCAAUCAGGGGCUGAAAGAAGGAGAUGAAAUUGUGGGUGCCACAAUCAACUUUGACCAACUUUCGAAAGACGAUGUGUUGAAAAUACUGAGGUUGAUGGAUGAUAAUGGAUUUGAUGAGAAGGUUCAAGUUCUGACGAAAAAUAAUUUGCGCAAGAGUAUGGGGACCUUGGACAGCGUCAAAGCACCAGAGGAGAUGUUGAAGGAUUCCUAUAACAGACUCAAUGCCAAAAUAAAGAAGUUCAUGAAGGAGGACAGCUCUGGACAACCUACAGCUUCUGGGGAAAGAUGCUCUCCUAACGCGCAGGUACCGAGACCUCUCUGGGCCAAGCCUGAUGUCAGAGGAACAGACUCUACAGUGACUCUCAAUACUCCUGGUGGAGAACUUUCGUUGCCUAAUGCCAACAUGAGUUCAAGGGAUCUCUUCCUAGCUCAAUUGAAUGGGUCUAUAGAGGCUGAUCCUGAUGUCAAUAUCUCCAAUUUACCUUCAGUAGACCUUAAAGGUUCCAAAAUAGAUCUAGAAUUGCCAAAUUCAGACAUUGGCAUCCCAUCUGGGAAGAUCAAAACACCAAGUCUUGGUAUGCCUGACUUUGAUAUAUCUGGACCAAGAGUUAGGACUACAGACAUGGACCGCUCAGCGGAUGAGAUGUGUGUAUCAGAUAUCAGUUUGCCUGACCUCAAUACUCCAGAUAUUGACAUACUCCCAGGUAAAUUCAAACUAACGAAACCACAUGCAGAACUCAAAGCUUCUGAUUUCGAUGUGAAUGCCCCCUCGGGUAAACUGAAGAUGCCCAAAUUUGAUAAUGAUGUAAAAACACCAAAGCUAAUUCUCAAAGCUCCCAAGAUAAAAGGUGGACUUGAUGCACCUGACUUGGACUUACCCAAAGUCGACCUGAAAUCACCUAAAUUAGAUGUAAACACUCCAGAUAUUGACAUUGAUUCACCCACAGGGAAAUUGAAAAUGCCCAAAUUGAAAAUGUCAACAUUUGGAAUGAAGGGGCCACAUAUUGACAAAGAUGGAGGAAUAGAAGGACCAGACCUGAAUGGGUCAUCUCCCCAACUCAAGGGACCCAAAGUAGACCUCAAUAUUCCAGAUGCUGAUAUUGGCCACCCAUCAGGAAAAUUCAAAAUGCCAACUUUCAAGAUGCCAGAUUUAGGUUCCUCUGGACCAAAGGUUAAGGGGCCUGGCUUUGAUCUUUCAGCCCCCAAGUUUAAAGCUGGGAUUGAUGCCCCUGACAUGGAUUUACCAGACAUGGACCUCAAAGCCCCUAAAUUAGAUGUAAACACUCCUGAUAUUGACAUUGAUUCACCCACAGGGAAAUUGAAAAUGCCCAAAUUGAAAAUGUCAACAUUUGGAAUGAAGGGGCCACAUAUUGACAAACAUGGAGAUAUAGAGGGACCAGACCUGAACUUGUCAUCUACCCAACUCAAGGGUCCCAAAGCAGACCUCAACAUUCCAGAUGCUGAUAUUGGCCGCCCAUCAGGAAAAUUUAAAAUGCCAACUUUGAAGAUGCCACAUUUAGGUUCCUCUGGACCAAAGGUUAAGGGGCCUGACUUUGAUCUUUCAGCCCCCAAGCUUGAAGCUGGGAUUGAUGCCCCUGACAUGGAUUUACCAGACAUGGACCUCAAAGCCCCUAAAUUAGAUGUAAACACUCCAGAUAUUGACAUUGAUUCACCCACAGGGAAAUUGAAAAUGCCCAAAUUGAAAAUGUCAACAUUUGGAAUGAAGGGGCCACAUAUUGACAAAGAUGGAGACAUAGAAGGAUCAGACCUGAACUUGUCAUCUCCCCAACUCAAGGGUCCCAAAGUAGACCUCAACAUUCCAGAUGCUGAUAUUGGCCGUCCAUCAGGAAAAUUCAAAAUGCCAACUUUCAAGAUGCCAGAUUUAGGUUCCUCUGGACCAAAGGUUAAGGGGCCUGGCUUGGAUCUUUCAGCCCCCAAGUUUAAAGCUGGGAUUGAUGCCCCUGACAUGGAUUUACCAGACAUGGACCUCAAAGCCCCUAAAUUAGCUGUAAACACUCCAGAUGUUGACAUUGAUUCACCCACAGGGAAAUUGAAAAUGCCCAAAUUGAAAAUGUCAACAUUUGGAAUGAAGGGGCCACAUAUUGACAAAGAUGGAGACAUAGAAGGACCAGACCUGAACUUGUCAUCUCCCCAACUCAAGGGUUCAAAAGUAGACCUCAACAUUCCAGAUGCUGAUAUUGGCCAUCCAUCAGGGAAAUUCAAAAUGCCAACUUUCAAGAUGCCACAUUUAGGUUCCUCUGGACCAAAGGUUAAGGGGCCUGGCUUGGAUCUUUCAGCCCCCAGGUUUAAAGCUGGGAUUGAUGCCCCUGACAUGGAUUUACCAGACAUGGACCUCAAAGCCCCUAAAUUAGAUGUAAACACUCCAGAUAUUGACAUUGACUCACCCACAGGGAAAUUGAAAAUGCCCAACUUGAAAAUGUCAACAUUUGGAAUGAAGGGGCCACAUAUUGACAAACAUGGAGAUAUAGAUGGACCAGACCUGAACUUGUCAUCUCCCAAACUCAAGGGUCCCAAAGCAGAACUCAACAUUCCAGAUGUUGAUAUUGGCCGUCCAUCAGGGAAAUUCAAAAUGCCAACUUUCAAGAUGCCACAUUUAGGUUCCUCUGGACCAAAGGUUAAGAGGCCUGGCUUGGAUCUUUCAGCCCCCAAGUUUAAAGCUGGGAUUGAUGCCCCUGGCAUGGAUUUACCAGACAUGGACCUCAAAGCCCCUAAAUUAGAUGUAAACACUCCAGAUAUUGACAUUGAUUCACCCACAGGGAAAUUGAAAAUGCCCAAAUUGAAAAUGUCAACAUUUGGAAUGAAGGGGCCACAUAUUGACAAAGAUGGAGACAUAGAAGGAUCAGACCUGAACUUGUCAUCUCCCCAACUCAAGGGUUCAAAAGUAGACCUCAACAUUCCAGAUGCUGAUAUUGGCCAUCCAUCAGGGAAAUUCAAAAUGCCAACUUUCAAGAUGCCACAUUUAGGUUCCUCUGGACCAAAGGUUAAGGGGCCUGGCUUGGAUCUUUCAGCCCCCAGGUUUAAAGCUGGGAUUGAUGCCCCUGACAUGGAUUUACCAGACAUGGACCUCAAAGCCCCUAAAUUAGAUGUAAACACUCCAGAUAUUGACAUUGAUUCACCCACAGGGAAAUUGAAAAUGCCCAACUUGAAAAUGUCAACAUUUGGAAUGAAGGGGCCACAUAUUGACAAACAUGGAGAUAUAGAUGGACCAGACCUGAACUUGUCAUCUCCCAAACUCAAGGGUCCCAAAGCAGAACUCAACAUUCCAGAUGUUGAUAUUGGCCGUCCAUCAGGGAAAUUCAAAAUGCCAACUUUCAAGAUGCCACAUUUAGGUUCCUCUGGACCAAAGGUUAAGAGGCCUGGCUUGGAUCUUUCAGCCCCCAAGUUUAAAGCUGGGAUUGAUGCCCCUGGCAUGGAUUUACCAGACAUGGACCUCAAAGCCCCUAAAUUAGAUGUAAACACUCCAGAUAUUGACAUUGAUUCACCCACAGGGAAAUUGAAAAUGCCCAAAUUGAAAAUGUCAACAUUUGGAAUGAAGGGGCCACAUAUUGACAAAGAUGGAGACAUAGAAAGACCAGACCUGAACUUGUCAUCUCCCCAACUCAAGGGUUCCAAAGUAGACCUCAACAUUCCAGAUGCUGAUAUUGGCCGUCCAUCAGGAAAAUUCAAAAUGCCAACUUUCAAGAUGCCAGAUUUAGGUUCCUCUGGACCAAAAGUUAAGGGGCCUGACUUGGAUCUUUCAGCCCCCAAGUUGAAAGGCGGAAUCAGUCCCCUAGAUCUGAAUCUGCCAGAUCUCAAAGGCCCCAAACUAGGCCUAAAUGCACCAGAUGUAAACUGUAAUAUGCCCUCAGGUAAAAUCAAAGUACCUACAUUGAAGAAACCAAAGGUUGAUCUGAAUGCUCCUGAUCUGGACAUUGAUGGCCCCUCUGGUAAACUGAAAAUGCCCACAUUUGGGCUGUCUGGUAAAAUGCCAAAAUCCACUAAACUUAAUCUCAAAGCCCCAAAGAUAAAGGGGGGAAUUGAUUCCCCAGACUUGAAUUUACCAGAUGCUGACCUCAAAGCCCCUAAACUAGAUAGAAAUGCCCCCGAUUUUGACAUCAAUGCAUCCCCUGGGAAAUUCAAAAUGCCCAAAUUCAAAAUGUCUAAAUUCAGAGGCCUAAAAAGACCAGAUGUUGACAUUGAUGGAGACUUAGAGGGCGCAGAUAUAAAUAUCAAUGCCCCCACAGCUAACCUCAAAGGUCCCAAAACAGGUCUAAAAAUGCCCGAUUUGAAGAUGCCUGAUUUCGGGCUAUCUGGGCACAAUGUAGAUAAACCUAACUAUGACUUACCUGAUAUUGAUCUCUCAGCCCCAAAGCUAAAAGGGGGCAUCAAUCCCCCAGAUUUGAAACUACCUAAAGGUAAAAGCAAAGGCCUAAAACUAGACCUCAAUGAUCCAGAUUUGGAUGUUGACGCUCCCUCAGGAAAACUGAAAAUGCCCAAAUUUGGACACUCAGGCACGAUGCCAAAAGGACCAAAUCUGGACAUAAAUGCAGGUGCGAAAUCACCAAAGUUCGGUCUAAAUAUGCCAAAGAUAAAAGCUGGGAUUGAUGCGCCUGACAUGGAUUUACCAGACAUGGACCUCAAAGCCUCUAAAUUAGAUGUAAACACUCCAGAUAUUGACAUUGAUUCACCCACAGGGAAAUUCAAAAUGCCGAAUUUGAAAAUGUCUACAUUUGGAAUGAAGGGGCCACACAUUGACAAAGUUGGAGAUAUAGAGGGACCAGACCUGAACUUGUCAUCUCCCAAACUCAAGGGUCCCAAAGCAGACCUCAACAUUCCAGAUGCUGAUAUUGGCAGUCCAUCAGGAACAUUCAGAAUGCCUACUUUCAAGAUGCCAGAUUUAGGUUCCUCUGGACCAAAGGUUAAGGGGACUGACUUGGAUCUUUCAGCCCCCAAGUUGAAAGGAGGAAUCAGUCCCCUAGAUCCAAAUCUGCCAGAUCUCAAAGGCCCCAAACUAGGCUUAAAUGCACCAGAUGUAAACUGUAAUAUGCCCUCAGGUAAAAUCAAAGUACCUACAUUGAAGAAACCAAAGGUUGAUCUGAAUGCUCCUGAUCUGGACAUUGAUGGCCCCUCUGGUAAACUGAAAAUGCCCAAAUUUGGGCUGUCUGGUAAAAUGCCAAAAUCCACUAAACUUAAUCUCAAAGCCCCAAAGAUAAAGGGGGGAAUUGAUUCCCCAGACUUAAAUUUACCAGAUGCUGACCUCAAAGCCCCUAAACUAGAUGGAAAUGCCCCCGAUUUUGACAUCAAUGCACCUUCUGGGAAAUUGAAAAUGCCCAAAUUGAAAAUGCCUAAAUUCAGAGGCCUGAAGGGACCAGAUGUUGACAUAGAUGGAGACUUAGAGGGCCCAGAUAUAGAUAUCAAUUCCACCACAGCUAACCUCCAAGGUCCCAAAACAGGUCUAAAAAUGCCUGAUUUGAAGAUGCCUGAUUUCAGGCUAUCUGGCCCUAAUGUAGAUAAACCUGACCAUGACUUACCUGAUAUUGACUUCUCAGCCCCAAAGCUAAAAGGGGGCAUCAAUCCCCCAGAUUUGAGACUACCUAAGGGUCAUCUCAAAGGGCCCAAAUUAGAUCUCAAUACUCAAGAUGUUGAUGUUGAUGCGCCAUCUGGUAAACUGAAAAUGCCCAAAUUUGGGCUUUCAAGUACAAUGCCAAAAGGACCAAAUGUGGACAUAAAUGCAGGUGCGAAAUCACCAAAGUUCAGUCUACAAAUGCCAAAGAAUAAAGGUGGGAUUGAUGCCCCUGAUGUGGAUCUACCAGACAUUGACCUCAAAGCCCCUAAAUUAGAUGUAAACACUCCAGAUAUAGACAUUCAUUCACCCACAGGGAAAUUCAAAAUGCCCAAUCUGAAAAUGCCUACAUUUGGAAUGAAGGGGCCAGAUAUUGAUCUAGAUGGAGAUAUAGAGGGGCCAGACCUGAAUUUGUCAUCUCCCAAACUCAAGGGUCACAAAGCAGACCUCAACAUUCCAAAUGCUGAUAUUGACAGUCCAUCAGGAAAAUUCAAAAUGCCAACUUUCAAGAUGCCAGAUUUAGGUUUAUCUGGACCAAAGUUUAAGGGGCACGACUUAGAUCUUUCAGCCCCCACGUUUAAAGGGGGAAUUAGUCACCCAGAUUUGGAUCUGCCACAUGUUGACCUCAAAGGCCCCAAACUAGACCUCAAUGCACCAGAUGUAAACUUUAAUAUGCCCUCAGGUAAAGUCAAAGUACCUACAUUGAAGAAACCAAAGGUUGAUCUGAAUGCUCCUGAUAUGGACAUCGAUGGCCCCUCUGGUCACCUGAAAAUGCCCACAUUCUUGCUGCCUGGUACAAUGUCAAAAUCCCCAGUCUUGAGGCUCAAAGCUUCAAACAUUAAGGGGGGAAUUGAUGUUCCAGACAUGAAUUUACCAGAUGCUGACCUCAAAGCCCCUGAACUAGAUGUGAAUGCCCCAGAUCUUGACAUCAAUGAACCCUCCGGGAAAUUCAUAAUGCCCAAAUAUAAAAUGCUUAAAUUCAGAGACCUAAAGAGACCAGAUGUUGACAUUGUUGGAAACUUAGACGGCCCAGAUAUAGAUAUAAAUUCCCCCACAGCUAACCUCAAAGGUCCCAAAACAGGUCUACAAAUUCCAGAUUUGAAGAUGCCUGAUUUCGGGCUAUCUGGGCCAAAUGUAGAUGAAUCUGACUAUGACUUACCUGAUAUUGACCUCUCAGCCCCAAAGCUAAAAGAGGAAUCAGUCCCCCGGAUUUGAUAAUAUCUAAGGGUCAUCUCAAAAGCCCAAACUAGACCUCAAUGCUCCAGAUAUGCCCUCAGGUAGAUUCAGAGUUCCAACCAUAGAGAGGCCAAAUGGUAGCAUCAAAGCCCCUGAUUUUGACAUCAACACUCCUACAUUCAAAAUGCCUACAUUUGGGUUAUCUACACCAAAAUGACCAGAUCAUGACAUCAGUGCUGACCUAGGUUAAAUUGUCAAAGAGGAAAGGUGGGAUUGGUUCACCAGAUCUGGACCUACCUACAAUUGACUUAAAAGCCCCUAACAUAGAUUUAAACACUCCAGAUAUUAACAUUGGCUCACCGUCUUGGAAAUUCAAAAUUCCUCACCUCAAAUGCCUAAAUGCGGGCCUUUCUGGUCUGAAAGGUCCAGAUGCUGUAAUAGAUGGAGACAUUGAGGGACCGGACCUGAGCUUGUCAACCCUGAAAGUAAACACAGGGAUCGGUAGUCCAGAUUUAGACAUAAAUGUUCCCUCUGGUAACCUCAAAGGCCCCCAAGCUGAUCUCAAUUUGCCAGACAGUAACGUUGCUAUACAAUCUCGAAAAUUCAAACUGCCGUCGUUAAAAUUGCCCCAGCUUGGAAGUCCCAAUUGAAGAGCAGUAUCAGAUAUGGACUUCAUGAAAGCAAAUGACAUUUCUCCUCCAAAAGCUAAAGUGGAUCUAAAAGCACCCGACUUGAAAGUUAGUCACCCAGAUGUCAGCCUGAGUUUACCCAAAGCUGAUAUCAGAGGCCCAGAAUACAAAGUGGCAUCUCAUAGUAAACGCAGAUCUGAUAUCCCAGGUAGAGCGCAUGUAAAAGAUUUUGAAUGCCAGGUGGAGUAUAUAUAAGUGCCUGUUGGGAAGUCUAGGAAGGUCAAAGGUAUGGCUAGUUAUCUCAUUGCAGAUAUUGACUUGCCAAAAGUUGAUUACCAAGUGUUUGGUGUGGAUCUCAGAGGUUCAGACCUUAACCUUGACGACCUCACAGUGAAAUUCUAAAUUCCCAAAUCCAAGACUUCUAAAUUGGGUAGUUAUACAAGAAUACCAGAUAUAGACUCAAGUCUUCCCAGUAUUAACACCUCAAUCCCUAUAUUCCCACCCCAAAGUGUGGAUUAGUGGUUUCACAGACAGAUUUUAAUUUGAGAAAAACUGACCUCAAGGGCAAUAAACAAUCUGAAAGCCCCAACUGGUGAAACCGGCAGAUAAAAAGAAAAGUUCAAAACAGUCUAAAAUUGUAGUCUGUGAAAAAUUUGACUCAUGGUUCAAACCCCCAAAUUUCUGAAGAUCAAUAAUAUUUAAUCGCUGUACAGUAUUUCCCAAACAUGUCAAAGGGGAUGCACCAGACGGAACUGGGAGCCUGAGAAAUCGGCACAAGGAAGAGUCAAACCAUAGAUCUCAUACACUCAGAUGUCUCGAUUUCAGUGCAUCAAAUGUGGACCUUGAAGUUCCAGAAGAUGAGAACUUAAAAGGGUCAAAGCUUACAAAGCUUAUUAAGCAUUCAGACAACUGACUAAAUGUAAUUUUAGGCUUGUUUGAAUCACAAUCUUCUGUUGAAACAUAAUGCAGAAAACUUCUGUUACUAGCACUUAUUUGUACUUUUUAUGUAAAUUGAUUGGUGUUUGUUAUGAACAUGUUGAAAAUGUAUGUGUAAAGGGUUCUCAUUUUGUCUUUGGUUUUACAAAUUGGAUGAAAAGCUAUUUUAAAAUGUGUUUUUACUGUACACUUGCUGUUUUACAAUAAUUUGUUUUAUCUUUACAUUAAUGCAACAAAACAAUUAAUUCAAAACAACUGCUAAAUGCAUUAGCCGAAGCAACAUUAUUCUGACUCGAUUCUGACAGUAGGCCUUAUUUUCCAUAUUUUUGCAUUUGAAAUAACCUCUGGAAAAUGAAUUCUGUCAAGUAUGAUAAAACAUUUAACUCAACUGCUA